CUCUUACGUUUUUCUUUUUGACAAGUAUUACAAGUUGUGCCGCAUUUAUUUUUUCUAGUUUUUUCCAUUUUGUACUCUCUCAUUUGUUUGUAGAUUAAAAAUGAUUGUCAAUGUACUUCAAUUUUUUUUAUGUAAAGAGCAAAGAGUCCAGUUCGUAGAACAAUUAUAAAAAUUGAAAUCCUGUUUGCAUCUUCAAUUAAUCGCACGCCGUUUGAUAUUCCUUUUCUAUUAUUUGUCUAGUAUUAUAAUUCGAAUUGUACAAAAGUUAAAAGUGAUUAUAAACUAGUUUUAAUUAUCUCCUGGAAACAUACAUGUAAAAUAAGUUUGUAAUAAAAUUCCAUAAUGGUGAAAACAUUUAUCUUCAUAUCUACAUAUUUCUACAUAAAGAAAUACAAAUAAUCUUUUCAACUAGUUUCUCAAAUACUGAAAUUUACACUGAUAUAAUAUAUUUUGAAAAUAAAUAAUUAAUCUCUGCUUCAAACUAUACCUAUGUUAAUACCAAACCUAUUUUAAAACAUAGAUAAUUAUUUCGUACUGAAUUUAUUCUGAUAUACGUGUUGUUUACGUGUGCGUGUAUCCUGGAUGAAAAUGAUCAUAUUUCAUAUUUUGGUUGACUGUUUACAUUAGUUAUUGCCCGUGACCUUAAAGUAUCCGUUGGAUCUCGCAGGAGAAUCACUUGUCGUUCUGCCUUCGUAGACACAGCCAGGUAAUCCAGUUCGAAAGUAAAAUCUAUUAUAAAUUUAAGAGGGAUAAAGAUUUCUUCAGAAAAGAGAGAGAGAAGAAUAACAGUACACGAAUAUGAAGCCGCAAAAUAUGGCCAAAGUGUUACAAAUUGCCUAUACAUGUAUAAGUGUAGGAGUUACACUCGUACUUUACGAUACUUUAAAAGGAUACGCUAUUCGCCGGCAACGGGCGUCAACUCAAGAUGAAGCGAAAGAAGUUAAAGACAAUAAAAAUAACGUGACUAAGUGUCGGGUACCAAGAUAUGUUGACAACUGACGAAAUUAUAAUCGAUAAUGGACUCAACGUCACUUAAUAAUGCAAAUUUUUAAUGAAUACACUUCGGCUGCUUACCGGUCUGGUGAUAAAAAUUCUCAAGGUUUUUCGGUUCAGCAUCGGACAAUUUGAAAAUUAAUAACGCAACAAAAGAAGGACACGACGCUUCAUGCGUUUCAACUAAACGGAAAACGAGGUGCCUAACAAAAUUUGACGUAGAAUACAUAUAAGUGUCUGUUUAAUAUGAGUUUUAUAGUCGUAAUUUAGAAGAAAACCCUGGUAGCACAGUGCAUUUGCUAAAACAUUAGUCUACAAUAGUCUAAUAUUAAUUAUAUUGAAAGUGAAUAGUUCGUAUGUCUCAACGUGAAGUCAACACUAGCCAUGAAAUAAACGUGAACAUUGUGUGACAGUAAUUCUGUAUUAUGAAUUCAAUCUAAUAUUUAAUUAUUAUUAUCUAACAAUAUUAUUCAACAAUUAUGUAAAAUAUUAGAUUUGUAUUGAAAACACAUUGGCCAAUAUUUAGUCAUACAAUAUGAAAGUUGUUCCAAUAAUGUUCUAAUAUCAAUACAAUGUGCCUAUAGUGUCGUGUCCCAGUAUGUGUAUUGUCACCAAUAUUGCUGAUAAAUAGGCAUACUGGCUAAAUAAGAGCCGAUGCCCAUCUUACGUCCAUAUUAAACCAAUAUCUUGUGCUAUUAGGGAAAAUGACUUACGAGUCAUUUAAUACCACAUUACAUGUAUGUGAAGAAACAAUCUGAAACAAUUUGACAAUACAAGCAGCUUUAUGAAGUAAUGAGAAA